AAAAAGUGUAAUGAGAAAAUGUUCCUGUGACCUGAUCUCAGUGGUGAGUGGUUAAAUCUCAUCAUAGAUUCACAGCACUGCAUGGAAUCUGCAUUUUGGCUUUUAUUACUUUGUCGUCAACUUUUUAUUUCUUCUAAAAUUACAAGAUUUUAUCAUUUUUGGGUGGAAUGGAAAGCACUGUGAUGACAUAAGAAGAUUUAUAAAGGGAGAUCCUGGCAUGAAGGGGAGUUUUGCAACUUGUGUUGCUGGAUCUGCUGACCUUUAUAUGGUCAAUAAGUGCAGACCUUACCAUAGCAUUAAUUUUGUCAGCGUUCAUGAUGGGUUCACUUUGUAUAAUCUUGUUUCAUACACUUUUAAGCACAAUGAUGCCAAUGGAGAAGGUGGAAAUGAUGGAACACCAAUGAUGCUGAUGGGGGAUGAAUAUGGUCAUACGCGCUAUGGAAAUAACAACAGUUAUGGGCAUGAUACUGCUAUUAAUAAUUUUCAGUGGAAACAGAGUGAUGCCACAUGGCACGAGGAUAACUGGGGGACAAUUUUGACAGCAAAUUUCUCGCUUUUACGUAAGGCCUUACUGUCAUUCUUGCUUCAAGACAGCAGUGGAGACGAUGUCUAUCUGGCAUUCAACGCUCAUGACUAUUUCGUUAAAGCUCAAAUCCCUUCUCCCCCACCAAACAGGCAUUGGUUUCGUGUGGCGGACACCAAUCUUGCUUCUCCAGACGACUUUGUUCCUGGAGGAGUCCCCAGCAUCGGCAGCAGCCGCAGCACCUACAAUAUUGCCCCAUACUCUUCAAUUGUUCUUGAAGCUAAAUAAUGAACCAAUUCCACGAGCAGCUAAGGAUGGAUUUCAGCUGACCUGUUCUUUUGUGAUGGAAUCAAAUUGCUCAGCUUGA